AUGUCCAACAAACCUUUCAAGCUGUCGGCCACCCUCGUCGGCCAUUCUCAAGAUGUCAAGUCAGUCAAGUUUGUCAAGCCAGAUUCAAUCUUCUCCUGUGCCCGAGACACAACGGCCCGAGUUUGGAAGAGGAGCGAUGAACAGUGGUCCGAACAGUUGGUGUACCAGAACUCCAACCCAGGCUUCUUAAACGCAAUCGCAGCAAUCACUAUCAAGGAUAAAGAGUACAUCAUUAGUGCUGGACAAGAUGCGUUGCUUCAACUUUGGCCACUUCAUCCCGAAUCUGAUCAGUCCUACGCACCUGAAUUCGUCCUGGCUGGUCACACCUCGAAUGUAUGCUGUCUGGACGUAUACGAUGCAGGUCCGGGACAGCAACCUACGAUUUGCAGCGGGAGUUGGGAUUGUUCAGCGAUUGUUUGGCGUGAUAAUAAUGCGGUUUACAACCUACGGGGACACUCUGCGGCCGUCUGGGCUGUUCUCGGCUUGGGCGAUGCGGAUGAUAGCGUUCUCACUGCUGGAGCGGAUAACUUGAUUAUGUUGUGGAAAAAGGGCAAACAGGCGCUUACCUUCAAAGGUCACACUCAAGCCGUUCGUGCAUUGGCCAAGCUACCACAAAACCCUCAGCUGUUUGCAUCCGCUGGGAAUGAUGCCACAGUCCGCGUAUGGAAUCUGGACGGGCAAGCAGUCCGGGUGAUGGACGGACAUGACUCAUUUAUCUACUCAUUGAGCUCGAUGCCUUCCGGCGAGAUCGUAUCAUCAGGCGAAGAUCGCACGGUGAGGAUUUGGGACCCAAGCUCUGGUCAACUCACCCAAACCGUCACCGUUCCGGCCAUAAGCGUUUGGACAGUCUCGGCCAAUCCAGAAAACGGAGAUAUCGUGUGUGGCUCUUCGGACAACAUGAUCAGGGUAUUCACUCGCUCAGAAGAACGCCUAGCCUCAUCAUCCGAACUUUCCAAAUUUGAAGAAUCCGUCAAGACCAGUUCAGUUCCGAGUGCCACCGUUGGUGAUGUCAAAAAGUCAGACCUACCGAGUGUAGCAGUUUUACUAUCUCGUCGAGGAAAGAAGGAGGGCGAAGUGGCGAUGGCAAAAAACGAAAGCAAUGGCGCAGUAGAGGCCUACCAAUGGGAUGGAAUGAAAGGCGAUUGGUCAAUGGUCGGGACGGUUGUCGAUGGUAUUGGCUCAGCAAGAAAACAGCUCUUCGAAGGAAAGGAGUAUGAUUACGUCUUCGAUGUCGAUAUCAAGGACGGAGAGCCCCCUCUCAAACUACCCUACAACGCAUCUGAUAAUCCAUACACUGUCGCUCAAAAAUGGCUCGCAAAGCACGAGCUGCCCGACACCUACGUCGACCAAGUCGUAGAUUUCAUCGACAAAAAUACAUCUGGCGUAGCCCUAGGAGGGCCGACUGCAGGCGCGGAUCCGUUCACUGGUUCAGCCAGCUACCGCCCUAAUCCUGGUCAAAAUCAAACCCAGUCAAAUGUUGGAGCUGAUCCUUUCACCGGCGCUGGCAGCUAUCGGCCGAAUAGUGGUGCACCCUCUGUUGUGGUAACAGGAAAGAUCAAAGAGUUCAGUUCACAGCUCGGCGGGAAAGAACUUUCUCCAACCGAACUUAAGGCUCUGAGUAGCUUAACCACGUAUCUUUCCAAAGUCUCGGGUGCGCCUCCUGAAUCAGGAAUCAAGGUCUUGGAAAAGAUGAUGGUGGAUUGGCCUCCUGCCAAGCAAUUCCCAGCCAUUGAUAUUGUUAGAACAAUGUCGAUUUCCGUCCUAUCAGCUCAACUUCUUCCUUGCCUUCUUGCCAAAAUUCGAGAACUGGAUGAUCAGCCUGGAACCGAACUUAAUUUCACAUUGGCCGUUCGAGCAUUAAGCAAUGGCUUGACAUCCUGCCCAAUCACAACCAGUCAACCAACGCUGAUCAACAAACCAGAUUUGGCUAAGCAGAUAUGUGAUCUCCUGUCUUCUGAGAGUUCACCAAAGCUCAACUUGACGACAAAGAAUGCGAAAGUUGCCUUCGCCACCUUGCUUCUGAAUUUGUCAAUUUUGUGUGUCGAUGGUAUUCUUGACUCUGAUGCUGUGGCUCAGCUAUUGGCUCUAACUGGACAAUUCGUUAGCGCAGAAGCAGAGGAGGAGGCAGUCUACAGAAGUCUGAUUGGAUUGGGAAAUAUGGUUUCAUCCCAGAAGACCUCAGGGCUGUUGACUAGUGAAGCCAAGAGUAAGAUUGCCACUCUCCUGUCUUAUGUUCAAGGCGGACGAACCGGUCCGAAUCGGUUAUCUGAUGCAAUCAAAGAAAUCAGUACGCUAAUCAAAUAG